AUGGCCCGUUUACAGACCAGUAACAACAACGUGACCAAAGAAAGAGACCAGUUGCAGACCAGUAACAACAACGUGACCAAAGAAAGAGACCAGUUGCAGACCAAUCUGAAUGGCCAACAAGGAUGGACGUAUUUCAGCGGUACUUUCUAUUACAUUUCUUCUCUGAAGAAAUCCUGGCAAGAAAGUAGAGCUGGCUGUCUGAACAGAGGCGCAGACCUGAUCAUUGUCAACAGCGAAGAAGAACAGAACUUUGCAAGAAGUUUCAAGCAGUAUCCGUGGAUGGGACUGACUGACGCAGAGACAGAGGGGACCUGGAAAUGGGUGGAUGGGACUCUGCUGACCACCAGGUGUAUGUGA